AUGGCCUUCAUGUUGCUCGUGGAGACGUGGCAGCGGGAGUUGGACUACUAUCACCUGAAGGAGCUCCGUCCUGUGGACUGGACAGAUGAUGACUUUGGGGAGGGUCUGGGCUGCAGUGAAGUUGGGGAGACUCCUAUUCAGGUUUUGGAAACCAGAAUGGACGUCAACAACAUGUCAUACAACAACACGACACACAACAACAUGUCAUACAACAACACGUCAUACAACAACCCAUCACACAACAACACGUCGUUCAACAGCAGCAGCAGCGUCCUAGAAGUAGCAGAAGACGAAUAUGAAGAAGCACCUGGAGAUCUCUUCUUCUGGGGUGAUUACAGCAGCUUACACUCAGCCUCCUCUAAUGUCGCCGCCCCCCCAGGCUCCUUUGCGUUAAGCGGCGUCCCCUCCGACUCCGAUCAUCUCCCUAACAGCACCAUCAGCUUCCUUCAUAGCUUCCCAUCCAAUAAUGUAACGGUCGGCCUCCUCGGGUACCUCGAUGACACGGAGGCUGGACUCAUCGACAACGUGGCGACGUGCAUCAUCAUCAUCAUCAGCCUUCCUCUCAUCCUCAUCGCCAUCCACUCCCUCUACUCGCUGGUACGCAGUGACCACGUUGCCCCCAUCUACGUCAUCAACCUUCUGACCUCUGACCUCAUCCAGCUCUGCUGCAUGAUCUGUGAAGUCGCCCGUCCUCGGAGCCCGAUGAUAUUCAUCAUCAACAAAUGUAUUCACAACUACAGUCUGAUGACCAGUGUUGUCUUCAUGGUGUGCAUCGCCCUGGAAAGGUACCUGCUGAUCGUCUUCCCCCUGUGGUACCACUGCAGACAAACCAUCCGGUCCACCGUGGUGAUCUGUGCCCUGGCCUGGGUCCUUCCUUCUCUCUACCUUUUCACUUUAUUUUUUGGUGGUAACUUCAACGUCCCCCAAAUGAUUGCCGUUGUCUUCCUGCUCCUUCCCCUCCCACUGCUCUUGUUCUUCUGCUGUGCGACUCUCAGAGCCCUGUCUGCCUCCGUCUCCAUCCUGCCUGACGAAAAACGACGAAUUGUAGGAACUUUGGUCGUGGUGCUGCUAAUUUACAUGCUGCUGUUCCUGCCCAAUGUUAUUUUGAUACUGGUUGCGAGAUACACAAAAGACCAAUCGCUUGUUGCAACUCUCGUCUACGUGUCUGCGGUGUUUCUUAAGCUGAAUCCUCUCGCAGACCUGGUUCUGUAUAUCUUCACGAAAAAAGGGUUCCUAGACAAGAUCUUGGCCUCUGUGCGUUGCUGCAGAGUAGAAGACAGAGGUCUCAGCAGUCUGGAAACAACAUUAACAGUGUAA